AUGGGGCCCCUGGCAAUAGGGGAUCAUGGGGCCCCUGUGUCCUUGCCCAAACCCCAAAAAGCCUAUGAAAAAGGUACCAGGGGCAUCUCAUGGGGCCCCCUACUGACCCCGGGCCCUCAGGCAGUGCCCGAGUUUCCAAAUGGUCAGUCCGCCGCUGAUCAGUGCCCAUCAGUGCUGCCUAUCAGGGCGGACUGACAACUCAUGGGGCCCCCAGGCAAUAGGGGAUCAUGGGGCCCCUGUGUCCUUGCCCAAACUAAAAAAAGCCUAUGAAAAAGGUACCAGGGGCAUCUCAUGGGGCCCCCUACUGACCCCGGGCCCUUGGGCAGUGCCCGAGUUUCCAAAUGGUCAGUCCGCCCCUGAUGGCAACCGUACCUAUAUG